UGCAUCUCACCCAUUGUUGUUGCCCUUUCCUCUCUGCUGCUGAAUUAGGGAUUUUUUUUCCUCCAUCCUCUGAUUCUCACUGCUUCCAUAUCUUCUUCUUCCUCCUCCACCACCGCUUACUCCUUCUCUCUCUCCUCAUGAAUUUCUGCUUCACAUCACUCUUCACUCCCUCCCCUCGCUAGCCACACUUCCCUUCGAUCGCCCUCCUGUUUGGGAUUCGGGAGUUUGAUCUGUAAUUCGAGCGAUCUGGUGGGGGUUCUUUCGUUUUUUUUUUUCCUUUGUUCAAUCGCCAUGGUAGGAGGCGGGCCUCAAGUUCUGGAACAGCAACAGCAAUCUCUGCCUCAGCCCCUGUCUGCCGCGGAGGAGGAGGCUGUUAAGAGGAACACGGACUGUGUCUACUUUCUUGCUUCGCCUUUGACUUGUAAAAAGGGAAGUGAAUGUGAGUAUCGCCAUAGUGAAUAUGCCCGGGUCAAUCCCAGGGAUUGCUGGUUCUGGUUGAAUGGUAACUGCUUGAAUCCAAAGUGUUCAUUCCGACAUCCACCUCUUGAUGGCUUGGUAGGAACUCCUCAUGCAACAAAUCCAAGUUCUCAGGUUCCUCACCAGACAUCAUCAAUUCCAUCCACUCCUGUCAAUUCGAGUAAACAAGCAGUCCCCUGCAUUUUCUUCCAGAAGGGUCUGUGUCUGAAAGGAGAUCGAUGUGCGUUCAUGCAUGGGCCUUCUCCGGCUUCAACCAACAAAGUUUCCCAGACAGCAGCAAAUGCCCAAACUGGCGAGCCACUGAGUGUCAAGAAAGUUUCUGGUGGUACCCAGAGGGGCAGUCAAGAGCCAAAGAUUCCUCAAGCAAAUUUUUCGAAGCCAAUUGGUGGUGCACCUUUUAAGCUUGCAAUGAAAGAUGAAACUGUGCCAUCAAAGAUCGGAAACAUCAAUGAAAAGAGUGGACCACCUGCAGAAGUGGCUGAUGGUGGUCCAAGGUACAAGGCUACUAAUUCUCAUCCAAUUUUAAAUGAAAGCUCAUUAAGUAGGGCUAAUCGACUGCAACAGAGUCAUGUAUCGGAUGAGCAUGGGUUGCAGAAUGGUAAGGAUUCUGAUGAGUUUUUGAAGGAGUCCUCUCCAGGUUUUGAUGUUCUUGUUGAUGAUGAGCUGAGAGGCUCUGAUUAUUAUGGCAGUGAAGAACAGUAUGGGAGAACAAGAGGUCAUGAGGGAACAAAUAUGAUUUCUAUAAAUGAUUAUGACAUCGGUCAUUCUGCUGAUUAUAAGAUGAUUGCUGAUGUUGAUCAUGAUGUUUAUAAUGAUGUUAUAGACUAUGACUAUGACAGACUCGACAGUAGGCAAGGGCAGUAUGGUUGGGAGCAGCAUCGGACCCCGUCCGAGAAACUUUCUUUAGGGUCAGCCCAGAUGGAAAGAAGGCUCUUUCCGAAAUCUAAUAGUCCAGAACAUGUUCAGAAUACGGAUUUACGCUACCGUUUAAACAAGCAGAGAAGAGGAACUGGUUUGAGAUCUGUGAUCAAUAAUGAAAAUGCUGCUAGUCGCCCUGUUGAAGAACGAAACUAUCGCACUUCUAGGAGAGAUUCUCAUCCCUCUCAGGAAAGCUCUGGGAGUAACCGUCUUCGAGGUAGGAUAAAGCUCCCAAGGAUGCCAUCUCCGGUUAAGAACAAUGGUUUACGGCCCGAAAGAGAUUUAAACCGGGGAAGACACUGGGGAAGAUUGUCACCUGGAAGGUCACCAUCCUUGUCCCAUCAGGGAAGCAUUAGAGAUGAAGUUAAAGGAAGACUGGAAGAGGACUGUAAUAAUGAGCGUAGAAAUUUCAAUGGUUUCAGUUCUAGGAGGGACAGAAUGGAUGGAAUGUCUAAUUUUGCUGCUCCGAAAAGUCUGGCAGAGCUGAAAGGCGAAAAACAAGUAGUUAGUAAGGAGCACCAAAGCCUUGGCAAAAGAAAAGGCUUUGACAAUGAACAAUCUGGAGGCGAGCUUUCGUUCGAGGGACCGAAGUCUCUCAGUGAGAUUCUUAAGAAGAAGAGACGAGUUAAAGCAGCUGUUGAUCUAGACAGUGCUGAAAGAGAAAGCGGUGAAAGGUCAGUAGAGCGCUCUACCACAACUCCCCUCUACAAGCAAACUGGCCUUGAAGGAACUAAGUCCGCACCAGCUGAAACUUUUGGGCAAGAAGAGGAAAUUAUUGAUAUAUCUCAUCAACAGUCUUCUCAGCCACUUCAUUCGACUGAUGAGCACGAAAGUGAAGCUUUUGACGAAACAUUGGAGGAGGACCACGAGUAUGAAGCAGAUGAUCAGAGAGAUGGUGAAUACGAGUACGAUCAAGUCGAUGAUGGGGAGUACAAUUAUGAAGAAGGCGAUAAUGUAGAUCCCGAAGGAGAGUACAUGGAAGAUGAAGACGGGGAUGACUUUGCAAAGAAAAUUGGUGUUAUGUCGUAAUCGUGAGAGACGGGCGAGAGAGGAGGGGGGGCGAGAGAGGAGGGGGGAAGCAGCGCAGAUCACACAUGCUCUUUAUAUGAACAUUUUGUUUGUGAGGACUUGCAUGGUCAGUUCAAGACGAGCAUGUAUGUGACUGCCAUGGAUAUCUUCAGGACUGAGCAUAUUGGAAAUUCCUCCAUGUAUUAAUUAGAACUUUUUUUUUUUUCCUUUUCUGUUUUAAUUAUAUUUUAAUCCUGAUUGAAUUGGAGAUUGUUGGGUCAUGCUUGAGGAAUUUUGUUGUGCUCUCCAGUUGAAACAAAGUGAAAGGAGUAUGCUGCAGUUGCAGAGUGGAUGGUCUAACAGUAGAAAGUUAAAAUAAGAAAAUUGAUAUUCUUAUGCACCUUUCAACA